GUUAGAUUGAUUUAUUUUUUUUUACUAAUAAUUACUCUAAUUUUCUAUGUAUUCUUCAGUCAUGCAUGUUACAUCCAUAUUUGGUACUAUUAGAAAAAAGUAAUCUCACGUUCAAACCAUGCCAAUUACAAUGGUAUACAAGUCGUUGGAACAGAUUAUUUAAAAAGUUGAGUAAUUAUAAAGCUCGAUGGCUUCGGAAGUGGUUCAGCUUUGGAUCUCUUGUUACAAGUAUUUUAAUCAUACCAUCAUUAUUUCUAUUAGCAUAUACUGCUAAGAAUAUGUAUGACUCCUUAAGCUAUGAUAUUAAAACAGAACAAAUUUUGCAACCAGUAUUUCCAGGAGUGAAUUUACCAUUAUCUCAUGUAAUAUAUUAUUUUGUUACAUUAUUAAUGUGUAGUAUUUUUCAUGAAUUAGGACAUGCACUUGCUGCUGCAAGAGAAAAUGUCAAGAUUCAUGGUUCUGGUUUGUUUAUUUUUGGAAUAUUUCCUGGUGCAUUUGUUGAUUUAUCAACUGAAAGUAUGACAUUGUUAACACCAUGGCAACAAUUGAGGAUAUAUUGUGCAGGUGUUUGGCAUAAUAUUGUGUUGGUUUUAUGUGCAUCAUUUUUAUUAUAUGUUAAUGCAUUUCUGCUGUUUCCAUUUUACCAAUAUGGUUCCGGAGUAACUGUCACAUAUAUUGCUGAGAAUUCAGGAGUAGAUGGCCCUGCAGGGUUGGAGACUGGUGAUGUUAUUACAGCCAUUGUAUCUUGUUCCAUUCAAACAGAAGAACAUUGGAAAAAAUGCUUACAGGAUAAAAUAAAUCAACCAUCUCAAGGUUAUUGUGUACCAAUUACAUUUAUCAUGCAAGAAGAUGUAGCAAUAAAAGGAGAAUUUGCUACAAAUAUUCACGAAAAAAUACAAAUUUAUUUGGAUAAAAGAGUGGUUUUUUUUCAAGAAAAAUUAAGCUAA